AUGGCAGGGGCCUCGCGGAACAUGGCGGAGCUCGCAAAAAGAAUCUUGAUUCCCUUGACGGCAUCGAGUCCGCCGGGUUUGGUGGAGGCCAACACGAUAGACCCAUGGAGUAAGUCGGGCAAGUACGCCCUCGGAUGGACGUACUUUUGUCUGGCCUUGAUGGGUGUGGUCAUAUUUGUGAGAAUAUGGCAUUGGUGGCAGGACAAGAUUCGACAAGCCAUUUACAAGCAAGAGGUGGAACGGCAUUAUCAAAACCUUUACAGCUUAGAUGCCGAGCACACAAUGACGGCAUUGCAGACAGGCACGACGGGAGGACACUUCUUUCCUGAGACGGGCGAGGAGAAGCCAGACUUCAAGCCCAAGACGGAUUUCUCGGCGGUUGGUCCGGUGCUCGACGCGCUUGCGCUGUUCAGAUGGGUCUUCUACCGGCCCGUCCCUGACUUGGUGUGGCGGAAACAUCGGUUCACAUUUUCCUCGGCUGCCGUGCUCGCCAUCGGCUUCACUGCGCUCGCCUUCAUCACACUCUAUACCUUCCUUCUGCAGCCUUUAUACUGGCAGAGCAUUCAAUUCGGCUCGCCCCCUGUUGCCAUCCGAGCGGGCAUGAUCGCGGUUGCUAUGACACCAUGGAUUAUUGCGACAAGCAUGAAGGCCAACAUUUUGGCCGCCGUGACAGGAAUUGGCCCUGAGCGACUCAAUGUGUUCCAUCGAUGGGCGGGCUAUCUCUGCCUCUUCCUGUCCUUGGUCCAUACCAUCCCCUUCUAUGUCCAGCCAGUUUGGGAUGACGGCGGAAUGCAGACUUUUGCUCGGCUGUUCCCCGAGGGCAGCGGUGUGAUAUACGGCACUGGCAUCGCGUGUCUUGUUCCACUUGCGUGGCUCUGCAUCGCGUCGCUUCCCGUUGUGAGGAGAAUGGCGUAUGAAGUCUUCGUCGUACUCCAUGUUCCCGUUGGCAUGGUCUACGUGGGCCUUCUGUUCUGGCACACGAAGAACUACCUUGCCUCAUGGAACUACCUCUACGCGACCGUUGCCAUUUGGGGCUUCUGCUACUUUCUGCGGUUGUUCAACCUCAACUGGACCAAGCCGUGGCGGCUGUCCUUCUUUGUUGGGGACGAAGCGGCCAUCACAUUGAUGACGGAGAAUGCCAUCAAAAUUACUGUCCCGACACAGAUGAAGUGGAAGCCGGGUCAGUACGUCUACUUACGAAUGCCCGGCAUCUCGUUCUUUGAUAACCACCCCUUCACCAUCUCAUCGCUGUGCAGUGAGGACUUCCCCUCCGAAUACGGCGAACAAUAUCGAGACUGUGUCUUGGUAUUCAAGCCUUAUGGUGGCUUUACCCGCAAAGUGCUAGAGACGGCCAUUGAGAAGGGGCCCUUCCACACUUACCGUGCCUACCUCGACGGACCAUAUGGAGGUAUGCGACGAGAGCUAGCCGCGUUCGACACUUGCAUCCUGAUUGCUGGUGGCAGUGGUGUCACGGCACUCAUGUCACAGCUACUUAACCUGAUCAAGAGGAUGAGAGAUGGCAAGGCCAUUACCAAGAAAAUCGUUGUCAUAUGGGCUCUGAAACGUCUAGAGGCAAUGGAUUGGUUCCGCGAGGAGCUUCGCAUCUGUCGCGAAUCAGCGCCGCCAGAGAGUGUGACGUGCAAGUUCUUUGUCACAGCCGCCGUUAGACAUCGGGGCACUGGUGGCGGUAUCGGGGAGCGGGCACCCAGGCCACUCAGCAACGUCUUCCACGACAAGCUGGACGGCUUUGUUGCUGGAAUCGCCUCGAAACGCAACUCGGCUUUUAUUCGAGAUGAGGCGCAAGGCAACACUGACUACGAGCGUCACCUGCGCGCCGAAAAUGAAGACCGAAUCACAGCUUUGCCUCGGCAGAAAUACCUUCAACCACAUUACAUUCCUCCGCAGCCGCCCGCUAACCGGGAAUCGGCCCAAGAAGAUUCCCUACGUCGGCUCGAGGGCCGAGAUGGGGGAGACGACGAGGCUCCCCAAGAGGCGCCACCAGCGCCGGUAUCAGAGUCGGAAUACCCUGAAGACAAGCCCAAGGGGGACAAGCGGGACUUCCACUUCCCACCACUGAAAGCGCGAGAAGAGCUACAACCACAUUUUAACUAUGCACCGCCAUCUCCGCGCAACUUUCUCAACUCCACAACACCCUCCGCCCACGAACGAUCGGCGGAGCCAUCGCACGACCUCCCGCGCCCACCCGAGUUCGCACAUCUUCGCACCACCAACCUACCCAACCAGGCCUCCCAAGGGCCCAGGCUGACGUCGACCUUCGGCCCACCAUCCGGUUUCGAGUUCGGCUUCCCCGAGACGCCCACCGAGUUCCAGAAGUCCCUGAUGCGCUUCGCCUUCCCGGUACCGCACCAGAUUGACGGCGGAUGGAGCGUCGAGUACGGCCGCCCGGACCUGGGCUACAUGCUCAAGGAGUGGACGACUGGCGGCGCAAACGGUCGGGGUAUCCUGGGCAGGAGGACGGCCGUGUUCGUUUGCGGCCCGCCGAGUAUGCGGGUCGGCGUCGCUAAUACGGUCGCGAGGCUGCAGGCUGAGAUUUGGGGCGAUCCGUUGCUCGAGGAGAUUUUCUUGCAUACGGAAAAUUAUGCGCUAUGA